AUGUUAUUUGAUCGAUAUUCUUCUGUUGGUUACAUAUUUUAUUCAUGUAAUAUUGCACCAGUUCUUGGUACAAUGCUAAUUCAUUUAGGACUAUGGUUAAGUGUAUCGAUCACAGUUGAACGACUAUUGUUCGAUAUCUUUUUUAUUGAAGUCAUAGGUACCUGCGCCCGAAGAAGAACUGUAAUAAUCAUGAUUAUUAUGACUGUGAUUGUUUUUAUUACGCAUAUUCACGAAAUAUUUGGACGACAAGCAUUACCAGAUCUCACUCAGCCUAAUACUUUCGUAUGUACAUUCGAUUAUGACAAAAAAUGGUUGAAUGCACUAGAUGAUUGGUUAUCCGCAUUACAGUUAGCUUUACCAUGCUUCAUACAUUUUAUUUGUUUCAUAAUUACACUUUGGCGACUUAGUCGUGAACAAAGUGGCUUGUCAUAUUGUAAAAUAUCACUCGAUGGACUUAAAGACAAGCGAUUGUAUUUGAUACCACCAAUACUGAUUAUCGUAUGCUGUUUACCACAUUUCGUAUUUGCACAUUUAAUGUACAACUGUAUUGAAUUAUCACAGCGCAGUUUUCUUCAUUUACACAUCGCUCUGAAUUUAUUUAUUUUUAUUCCACAGGCUGUUACAUGUUUUAUUUAUGUACUGCCAUCAACAGAUUAUAUGGACUUUAUGUGGAAAACAGCUGGAGGGCGAUUGAUAACGCGUCUGUUAUGUCGUAAACGGAAAUCCAAAAAACAAGCAAGAAAAGAUAUGGAAUUAUAUGAUACCUCAGGCAAACACUAUAAAGAGACUGUUAAGACUAAUUCUGAACGUUUUACGAUUAACUUGUCGAUUAUAUAG